AGACAGUUUGUCAAGCCUGGCAAACUUCUUAAAACUGGCAAGGGCUGGUUUACAAAAUAUGAAAAUGAAGUAUACAGUUUUCUUAUUUAUUCAGCUUAUUGGCUUGUGUAAAUCAGUGUAUAUUUCUGCAGCUGAACAGCAUGAAGAAUCAUUUAAAACAGAAGACAAUUUUUGGAGCAAGAUCGACGCACUUGAGAAACACUUCACGGCAAUGAAUCUUAAACUCAAAGAACAGCUUGAUGAAACGCAAACAGAACUUUCCAAAACUAAAGAGAAGCUUACUGUGACAAAUGACGACCUCGAGUCUGUAAAAGCAGAGUUAAAUGAAUAUCGUGAACUCUUUGCCAAAAGGUCAUCCAGAAGUUUAUUCGCCGACAAAGUGAGGAGAAUCGAACCCGCAAGAGUUAAACGGUUCGGUGAAGCGUACGCCUUCACUGCCUACUUAAGUAACACAGUUCAGCAUUUGAAUAUCGGUGAUGCACUUGUAUUUGACCAAGUUCUGACCAACGAGGGACAUGUUUACAAUCCAACCACAGGUAUAUUUACGACACCAUUUGACGGGACUUACGUCUUCAGCUUCGCCGUUGCAGAUCGGCAUCAGCAGCAAUUCGUUGGAAGGCUGCUAGUCGACGGAACUAACAAAGUCGCCGCCAUUGCGGACGCCCAGUAUAGCGCGGACAUGAACGUUGAGAUGCAAGGCGGGAACAUGGCGGUCCUAAGUCUCUUUAAAGGCCAGAGGGUCUGGGUCGAAAACCACAGAUGGGACAACAAACAAAUAUGGUCAACAGAAUCAGAUCGAUUUAGUACUUUUUCUGGCUUUCUGCUGUCUUAAAUGACGUAUUUGUUAACGCGUGUGAUUGCAAAUUCCAAUAAAUGCGUUAACAACA